AUGUCUCCUAGAGAAUAUAUACCUGGUGAUACUGUGUUUGCCAAAUUGAAGGGCUAUCCUUGGUGGCCUGCAAGGAUUGAAAACGACAAAGAGAUACCUGCCAAGGUCUUGAAGCAAAAGACAAAGUCAAAGGGCUUAUUAUAUACCGUCUUCUUUUACGGCUCCAGAGACUAUGGCUUCUUUGGACCGGAUUGCAUUCGUCCGUUUGAUCGUGAGGCUGUGGAGCGUGAUUUAAAGGACAAGAAAUUCAAGACAAAGGAUUUGGAGAAUGCAGUUCAUCAAGCAUUAGACCCUUCUAUAUUGAGGGCUCAAGAAGAAGCCGAGGCUGCUGCUGCUGCUGCAGAGGAGGAGGAUGAGGACGAGCCAGAGGAGGGCGAUGACGAGGAAGAUAAAGCUGCAGAGGACGAUGAUGAAGAGGAUGAGGAGGAGGAACCAGUGGUGAAGCCCAAGAGAAAAGACCGUAAAAAGCCUGCCUCUUCCGCUGCUGAUAAGAAAAGGAAAGCACCCACAACAAAGAAACGAGCUGCUUCGAAAAAGAACAUAGAGGAUGAAGACGAGGAAGAUGAUGCAGAGGAGAACGAAGCUACAUCAACCCCACCACCAUCAUCCACAGCACAAUCAAAAAAGACAAAGACAACCACAAAGAAGGCUUCCCCAAGCGAAAAGAAGCGGGCUCGAUUAUCAGAGCCUGAAUCAGCGUCAGAGUCUGAUAGAAAGAAACGACGCAAAUCGUUGUCGACUGAGCAAGAGGAGGAUCAUCAUACCAAGAGGGAAUCUUCAACAGUGUCUCGCAAAUCGGAAGAGCCAAAUAGCCACAACUCUGUGGGUCACAUUGAGAAGCAAGAGGAUUUGGACAUGUUCAAAAAGACACCCGAAUAUAAAAAGAUUUAUCAUAUUAGACACAAACUCCAGAAACUGGUGUAUGAAAAGAAGCCGGGAGAGAUUGCAAAAGACGACUUUGCUAGAGUGUCACAAGUUGUCAAGGAAAUCGAGGAUUCACAAAUGACAUAUGAUUUGUUAAGGUAUACCAAGAUUGGCAAGGUGGUUAAAUUUGCUUGUUCUUACGACUAUGGCGACGAUGAACACAAGAUCAAUCAACGCUGUCAGCAGCUGAUGAAGAACUGGAAGUCGUUGAUCAUUCCUGAAACCCGUAGCGCAUCUGUAGAACAGCAUGAACAACAAUCGUAA